AUUUUGUCAACAAUCGAAAAGUGCGGUAUUGAUGUUCCUAACAAUCUUUUCUACCUACCGCGCACAACACAACAUCGUUUUACCAUCAGCUGUCACAACUUAAUCGAUUUGGCGGAACAAUUAUUAUUAAGUUGGGGAAAAAACCGAAGAUUAUCGAGCAGACGUCUACUCCGUGCUCCGAACCAACUGUGCUUAUUGUACAUACAACAUACAAUACGUAGCAUAUAUAAAAAUAUGCCUGGACUAGAUGAGUUCCAAGUUGUCAGAAGAAGAAGACCUGGACGUCGUCGCCGGAUAAUUCCAUUACUCCCGGGUGAAGUCCUAGACGCUCCUGAAAUAAAUACGGAGCAGUUAAUACGCUCGAUUCUCGAUGCCGUGAUAGUCCUGCGUAACUCGCCUUACCGGCAAACACUCUACGAUGGUUUAUCGGAAACACUCUCGAUAUUAGAUCGUGACGCAAUACCAGAAAUAGUUUGCUACGGUUUGGGAAAUUUUUCACAAUGCCGUUCCUCGAAGCAUCAGCUUGCGGCAUUACUCACCAUUAAAUCCCGAUAUAAGAGCCAAGUCUUCAUUUACGACCCGGUAUUUUAUCCCCAAGAAUUGGAAGUGCUUAAAAUACUGGGGCUAUCGAUUAUUCCCAACAAUGAACAGGCCGUGAGACCGGUCAACGACGACACACUGACUUUAUUUUACAUGCCGCACUUGUUUAAGGGAUUGAUCGCCAAUUGCAUCUACGCAAACUGGGGCGCUGAUCUGAAUAAUUGUAUACUGGUGACAAACAGCUUUAAAACUAUGGUCGACGAUUUCAACAGUGGAAUCGGUUUAGACGCAGUUGACGAUCCCGGGUACCCUGAGGCUCUUCAGCUGAUUAAGAAAGCCGCUACUCUUGCUCAUGAGAUUGUCCUUGAUGAGUCUUUUGACGACGAUCAACAUUAUAUGGCUAACGCAUUUAAUUCUACUUCCAUUCAUCUUUUUACUAAGUCACGGCUCGACGCGGUCUCCGGAGACUUCUGGGCCGCUUUGCCCGGGUUACCUUAUCGACCUGAUGAUGCCGGGCGUGAGCUUUGA